UCCAAAAUAGCACACACAACCCAGUGGCACACUCGCUUUCAUUAACUCAUAGGGAGUUAGGUUUGUUCUCCGCCUCUGCCCUGUGUUAUCGGAAACCUCACUACUUCACAGGCCCACGAUGUUCGCGUGUUUUGCCGCCAUAUGACAGUGUCGUGCCACCACACACUGCCGUUACCCUGGGCCGCCACCGUAAGAUUUCAUCACCCUGUUUGCUGCUGAUUCAAAAAGAGGUUCAGGACCAACAAACUACUUUAGACGGCAACUUAGAAGCCAAGCGGUCGCCGCUGCCUUCCCUCUUAGAAGAAGACAGGUCUGCCAGAGAAGACAGAGCCACCGUUGAAGAAGACAGAGCCGCUGUCGGAGAAGACAGAUUGGCAGAGGUCCGCCGGAAAAAGAAGAGAAAAUAUGUCGCCCACCCGCAAUCGCUCUGCCACGACAACCGGUAUUGACUACUAUGAACUGGCAUGCUGAGAGCAGCUUCAACAACGUUUAUAUAGAUCAAUUCCUUCAUCCAAAAUGGACUGCACAGCAGCAGGAUUCAGGAAGUGGAUUCCUGCACAUGGGGAAAAGCACAAAAAAGAAACAUUAAUGAGAGGAUAGAUCAAUACAAUCUGCUUCAGAGUUCUAUGUAAAAAUCCAUUCACAAAUUUGACCACCAUCUUGAAUGCAAGUACUGUAUUGAAUUUGGUAUUGCAUUGAGGUUGAAACGGUGUAUCAGAGACGAGAGAAUUAUUGUAUCUGAAUGGCAGCUUCAGAGAAAACUCUAACAAUUGACAAUAACACAACAAAUGAAGGCUGGACGGUUGUUAUACCCCGUCGUGGCAAACAAAGAAGAAAAGCUACCAAACAUGGAGUUUUGGAGGAAAAGCAUGAGCCAUGGACUCCAACUGAUUCUCAGACUGAUCCAAGCAAAGAAGCAUUAUUGAUGCAGAAAAUGAAAAGAUCUAUAGAUAGGAUCGAGAACUCUGAAUUCUAUCAUACUUUAAGAGAUCAAGUCCAAACAUCAAUUGUUGAUUACAUCAAUAUGGUUUUGGGCUCAGAGAUAAAUAUGCAAAUGGUAAUUUAUGGUAUUGGCAGCAUUGAAAUAUACGAGAUCCCUCGACUGCAGCUUAGCCUUGCAUUAUUGAUGAGAAGAGAUUUUGAUUGGAUUGGAAACAUUGAGGUAUUUGAUCCUAUUCUUUCUGCAACCGAGUGUCGGGUUUUUGAAGCUCUUGGUUGUUCUGUCAUGUCCAAAAAUGAGCACGGGAGGCGAGAGGCCCUAAAACCAACAAUGUUCUUCAUGCCUCACUGUGAAGCAGAGUUAUAUAACAACCUGUUGCAAGCAAAUUGGAAACUGGAUCUCCUAAAAAACAUAGUAUUAUUUGGGAACAGCUUUGAAACAUAUGAGCAAAAUGCAUCACUGUGUAAAAACUCGCCUAUUCUUAACUCAAUGGGGCAUAUUUUCGCUGCUCGGGGAUUCACAAAUGCAUUUAGAAUCCAAGUAGUUUCAGAUGAUUAUUAUUUUGCAUUCCAUGAUUCUAGUUGGCAUUUUUUCAGCCCCGGCCUUGAGACGGAGCUGCAAUUCAUCAAUCCUUGAUGGGAGUUAUUUUAUGAGCAUAAAUUCAUAUAAAGGGAUGUAAACCUGUGUCAUUAUUUGGUUAUAGAUCAUUUUGGUAUACUUUUGAUCUAGUGU